CCCUCCCCCCUGGAGCUCAGGGGCUGCCGGGAGGCGCGCGCGGAGAGAGACCUGCCAGAAGCUUGGGGGCGGGGCGGGGGGCGUGUUCUCAACGGUCAGCUUGCAGCCCAGCGGCGAAGCUCUCCCGAUUAGACCUCCGCUGCCUGUGCACCUCCGCUGUCGAAGAGAGAGAGAGACGAGGGGGAUUGGAAAGGAGGCGAGCCCGCCUGUCCCUCGAAGACAGUGUGUGUGUGUCUGGGGGGGGGCGCGUCGAGGCGCCCCUGCCCCUUGGCGUUGUUUCCAAGCCCCCGUUUGGGCAGCCGUGGUGGAUGAUGGCUUUCGACGGAGGGCCGUCCGUCCCCUAAAGGAAGGCCGGAGCUGCGGGCCCUGCGGCCUCUCUCUCGCCCUCGACACCCUUUCCCUUCUGGCGGCCACUGUUGCCCCGAGAAGACUUCGGGGACGGAUAGUCAGAGGUCAGGCGAGGCGGACUGGGACCGCUUUGGGCUUCCCCUUCAGGGACCUCGCCGCCUUUGGAAGGAGAAAUGCCGGCCGGCCGAUGAUGGCAUGGCGGCGGCCCGGUAUGGGCGAAGCCUCCCCCGAGAGUCCGUCCUUUGAACUCGGGCUGAACCUCCUCCGCCUUCCAAGCCGUUGCCUCACGGCGGGGUCCCGAUCCCCGCGGGUGUCGUCCUGCUCGUAGUGUGAGGCCGGCCGGGCUUCUCUCUUAAUCUCUCUGGGUCGCGUUUCCGGGGCUGCUGGCCCUGAUCGAGGAUGUUCAGGAAAGGGAAGAAACGGCACAGCAGCAGCAGUUCGCAGAGCAGUGAAAUCAGUACCAAAAGCAAGUCAGUGGAUUCCAGUCUUGGAGGGCUUUCAAGAUCUAGUACCGUAGCUAGUUUGGAUACAGAUUCCACAAAAAGUUCAGGUCAGAGCAAUAGUAAUUUGGAUACCUGUGCAGAAUUUAGAGUUAAAUAUGUUGGUGCCAUUGAAAAACUGAAGCUUAAUGACAGCAAGAUUAUGGAGGGCCCACUAGACUUGAUCAACUAUAUAGAUGUGGCACAGCAAGAUGGAAAGCUACCUUUUGUUCCAGGAGAAGAGGAAUUUGUUAUGGGAGUUUCCAAAUACGGUAUUAAAGUUACAAGUUUGGACCAGUAUGAUGUUUUACAUAGACAUGCUCUCUACCUAAUUGUCUGCAUGGUCUGCUAUGAUGAUGGCCUUGGGGCUGGGAAGAGUCUGCUGGCUUUGAAGACAACAGAUGCAAGCUGUGAAGAAUACAAUCUUUGGAUAUACCAGUGCAAUAGUUUGGAACAAGCACAAGCGAUUUGUAAGGUGUUGUCAACAGCCUUUGACUCUGUCUUAACAUCUGAGAAGCCUUGAAUUUCUGCAGCUGCACUUCAUAUGGAGAGGCAGUACUGGCUGCUGUGCCUGUAGCAACGGGAAUCGAAACAAGUAUUCCAAAGGAGAUGGGAAUUUUAAUUUCUUAAAUAAGGAACUGUUUGAGCGCUUUGAGGGAACAUUAGAGGUGUUAUGAAAAAUCAUUGUUUUAAACUAUUUUGCUAAGGGUCCAGCCAAUAACAUUAAGGUCAUGCUUAAUGACCUUGUACAGUGAUGUCUAAAGCUGAGCAAUAAGUAUUGCAGAUUAUCUUUUUCUUCUAUAUUUGAAUAAAAAAUGUUCAUGAAAGCUGU